UACUUUUCCGCAUCUGUCUGUGGCUUCACAACACGCUAACUUUAGCCAUGUUUCUCCCAGUUUACUUCGUUUGACAUUUCAUGUAGCAGCACCUCGUGUUGCCUGCUAGUCGGACCAGCUGCUGCGCUACAUGUUGGUCUCUCUGAGAACCGAACAGUGUCACUUUCCAUUCAGAAACAAGCCGACGAAGCAAGCUAAGCCCGUUGCAGCUAGCUAACAGCUGUUUAGCUUUCAGGAGACUAACGUCGCUGUGAGGGAGCCAACCAGGCACAAAGCUUCUAUGACCUGCGACUGUCGUUCCCCGUCAGAGGAUGUAUUCGCCUUCCAGAAAAGACUUCAUCUCUCUGACACUCAGUGAUCCGCACAGUCACACCUACAACAACGGCAAGCACCGGAGACAGUCCUGCUGGAGGAAAUGGAAGCAGCUGUCUCGGCUCCAGCGAAGCCUCAUCCUGUUCCUGCUGGCUCUGCUGCUCAUAUUUGGACUGCUCUCCUAUCCAAGCAUCACAGAGCAAUGGGGAGGGUUGUCUGACAGGGAGGACUGGCUGGAGCUGAAUGACAGGGAGUUGCAGGCCGUUCCUCCAGGUGGGAAACCUGUACUGGGUCCAGCUGCAGGUAAAGCUCCUGCUCCUGUGGCGGGGCCACAUGUGGAACCAGAUGUAGGUCCCGAUGCUGUGGUGGGACCCAGAGGACCAAACAUCCCCAUUUUGCCUAAACCUCCCACUAAGAAAAAGACAUUUCCAAACAAGAGAGGUCCACCAAACAUGCAGAAAGAUGGAAAUGUUUCAGACACAGUCGGUGGGGAAAAGCAAGAGCAAGAGGUGGUUCAAGACAGAGGAGAGGAUGAGGACAAAGAAAAGAAGAUUGUCAGCUGGAGAGGAGCGAUGAUUGAAGCCGACCAGGCCACAGAGCCUCCACCCUCGGCCAAUGAGAAAGAAGCUGCAGUUCCUCCAGUCAACCCUGCUGACACUGUCCCACUGGAAGUUUCAACUGGGAAAGUGGACAGACUGGAGGCAGUGCGCGAUGCCUUCCGUCAUGCGUGGAAAGGCUAUAAGGAUUAUGCCUGGGGUCACGAUGAGCUCAAGCCUAUUUCCAAGUCUUUUGGCGAGUGGUUCGGACUGGGUUUGACCCUCAUUGAUUCUCUGGACACUAUGUGGAUUCUGGGCCUAAAAGAAGAGUUUGAAGAAGCAAAGAACUGGGUAGAGAAAGAGCUUUCCUUCAGCAAGAACGUGGAUGUAAAUCUUUUUGAGACAACCAUCCGUGUUCUCGGGGGCCUGCUGAGUGCCUACCAUCUAUCAGGAGACCAACUCUUUCUGGAGAAAGCGAAAGACCUCGGGUCCAGGUUGAUGCCUGCCUUCAAAACUCCCUCAAAAAUCCCGUUUUCAGACGUCAACAUCGGGAAGGGAACAGCCCAUCCCCCUCGAUGGACGUCAGACAGCACGCUGGCAGAGGUCACGAGCAUUCAGCUGGAAUUCAGAGAGCUGAGCCGCCUCACCCAGGAACCACAGUACCAGGAGGUUGUGAAUGAGGUAAUGAAGCUGGUCCACAAGCUGCCAGGCAAACAGGACGGCCUGGUGCCCAUGUUCAUCAACACCAACAGUGGCCAGUUCACCCACAAAGGAGUCUUCACACUCGGUGCCAGAGCAGACAGCUACUACGAAUACCUGCUUAAACAGUGGCUCCAGGGAGGCAAGACGGAAGACGACCUGUUGGAGGACUACCUGCAGGCUGUGGAGGGAGUGAAAAAACACCUGGUGAAACAGACCGGGCCCAGCAGAUUGACCUUUGUUGGAGAGCUGUCUCACAACCGCUUCAACCCUAAGAUGGAUCACCUGGUGUGCUUCCUGCCAGGAACCUUGGCGCUGGGGGCCCACAACAGCCUCCCAGGGGACCACAUGGACCUGGCAGUGCAGCUGAUGGAGACCUGUCACCAGAUGUACGCACAGAUGGAGACUGGUCUGAGCCCAGAGAUCGCACACUUCAGCUUGCAGGCCAGCGACGGACGCGACGUUGUUGUCAAGCCUGCAGACAGACACAACCUGCUGAGACCAGAGACGGUGGAAAGUCUGUUCUACAUGUACAGAUUCACUAAGGACACGAAGUACAGAGACUGGGGAUGGGAAAUACUGCAGAGCUUCAAUAAGUACACUAAGGUCUCCGGUGGUGGAUACACAUCCAUUAACAACGUCCGUGACCCUGUCAACCCGGGACCCCGGGACAAGAUGGAGAGUUUCUUCCUGGGUGAGACGCUGAAGUACAUGUACCUGCUCUUCUCUGACGACACGGAGCUGCUCAGUCUAGAUAAGUAUGUCUUCAACACGGAGGCCCAUCCUCUCCCCAUAUGGCCCUCUCCACCCAAGUGAUGUCACCAUACAGUAGAUGUCUGUAAAGAUGGGGCCCGCAGAGUCCUGUAUGAAUCAAAGACUGUUAUUGCCGUGCAGUCCGGCACGUCUCUAAGCAACCAUCCAGACUGGACUGCUGUGUGGAGCAGUGAAUCAGAUCUGUGCUGUCCACCUGUACUUUGAUACAUUUCCAUGUGGAGGAGUUUCGGUUUUUUUUUCCCUUUUUCUGUAUUUUUUUCUAAGUCAAAGGUUUGUGUUAGAGCUGGUCUCUAAUAAAAGUAAGAAAAAAACUUUUUUUUUUUUUUUUAAAUCAGUUCUGACUCUCUGGAGCUAACAGGAAACAGGAUAGAAGAAAGUGGGUGUGCUUUAUUACUUGGGUGACUGGGUGAGUUCUUGUAUAUAUGUGGUCACAGGAGUCAUGUUUCCCCAUUGAGCCUUUGUUUACCAUGUGAGGUGAAAACGCUCACUAGUCAGGAAUCAUGGCUGUGAAGGAGUCAACAGAUUCAGUGUCUGAAGGUACAGUAACCAGUGAUGGAGAUGUAACAAGCAGAAGUUAGGUUAUGACUAGUUAGUAGUUUUUAAUCCCUCUCAGGACGCGCUUUCCCUCUGUUGUUCCGUCCUCAGUGUUUGGGGACAGUGGACAGUUACAGGGACCAGUUUGAGCUCAGAGGUCAGUGUUUUCCUAAUACCUAACAUGCAUGUCUUUAAUUAAAUAAAGACUUUAAGGAAAGUAUUAGGAAGUUCGAGGCCACCAGAUUGAAACACUGGCUCUAAUGGUUAUUUUCACUAAGAUGGGAUGCCAUCUUUGGGUUAAUGAACUGUGACGCCCCAGAAGGCUUUGCACUUCAGACUGAUUACUUAUCGCUUUUGCACAUGUAGCAAUAAUUGUUUGGAAGCUGAAAGAACAGAAGUUAAAUACAGUGAAGCUCACUGCACAGUCACACCUCGCUGUGUGUUUAAAGGGGUUUCUGGUUCUGGUUGUUGUAUGAUCCUUACAUUCAGUGCCACAGUGCAAAGUAGUCAUGUUUUUUUUUUUUUUUAGGUCACGUUUCUAUGACCUUAAAGGUCCUGAAGUGAAACUGUACAUAGAGGUGUAAUGAAUGAAUCAGUCCUGAAUGAUUUUCAGUCAGGGCUUCACACACAGUGACACCUUGUUUUACUGAUGAAUGUAAACAUUUGUUCUGUGUUUUUUGGGUUGCGUUGUUGUCACAGAGGAACACUCACAUGCACCCUUGCACCCUGGUUUUGAUUAAAUUCACACUUUUUUUGGAAAUAUUAAAUAAAAGGGAAUUAUCUGAGGCUGCCAGGCAGCCUUAAAUUUACAGCUGCUGUGAAGUUAGAUCAAAACAAACCAACUCCGUGCAUCAUCAUCAUCAUUUCCUGUGUCAGGGACCAUAUACACGCAGCCGUUCAUUCAUCCCCCUUUCACAGGCGACUUGUUUAAGAAGUGAAGUUUGUUGAAUUGUUUUCUUCAUACUUGAAGGAGUUUGAUUCAUUGCUGUUUAGCAAUGCCUGACUCCCUGUCAGAUGUGAUGCAGAGCAGUGUGGGAGCUCUUGUUUUCCAUGCGGUAAUGUUGACAAAUCAAUUUGAAGGAUGUAUUCGGUGUUUGUGUAUGUGCUGCUUUGAAGAUGGUUGAACCCACGCUCUGUUAUUCUACUAUCGCCUUCAAUCCUUCACUCUAGAGAGGAUCUUGAGUUUCUGUUUUGGAUCAUUUUUCCGAAGUUAAGACGUCCGUGUUCCAGUUUUUACCAUCUCUUCCUGGUAAUGAAUUUCGUCCUACAGAGAGCCAUAUACAAACCCACAUCACUGAAUGUGUGCUACAUUUGCCAACGCUCUGCUGUGCCUGUUGAAAUAUAUACUGUGCUAUGGUGGUUUGGUUCUGUUUUUUUUUUUUUUUUUUUUUAUUGCUGCUGUAUCAGUGGUGUUUAUUUGUGAAGUGCUAUGUAUGAAAGUUGGGAUUUAUGGCUUGUAUUUUUACUCUGGAUGGGGUGGGUGACCGCACAAAAUGGGUGUACAUAUUUUGUGUAAACUGUUUCUAACUUGUCUACUGAAUCAGACCUGUGUGUUUGCUGAUUCCUGAGCUAUUUCUGGGCAAAACAAAGUUCUGCUUUAAGCAGUGAAGCGUUUCCACUGUUAUUUUAUCCUUGAAGUGUGUUCAUGUUAGUUUAAAGCCCCUUUCACACAUGGAAUUCGUAAUAUUUCUGCCUUAAGCUGCUUGUUAAAGGAAAGGUCUCUGUUAUGGUUUUGUAUGAUAGAGCUACAAUACUUUACUGUCCAGCACUGUCCAUGCUAAGCUAAAAAAUGAUAAGACAUUAGACUUAAGCUUAAUAAGUUCUAUAGUUGUUCUCUAUGAAGUGCAGGCCAUUGGCAUUAACGGCGGACUGAUGUCUCUUCAUUGAGUGAGUUCUCUCUUUUUUUAAAUUUCUUUUGUUGAUGGAGUGAAUUCCACGUGUGGAGGGGGGGGGGGGGGGGGGGUUGAUGCUACAACUCCAAGACUCUUACCCAGUUUUUAUAUGGGUUUGAGGAGUGUAAUAUUCUCAACAUAAUUAUAUCACAACUAAAUCUGCCAGCAUCCCUCCACACUUGACAGGAUAAAGCUGACGUUAUUCUGUCGUUUUCCUAAUUGUCAUCAAAUUCCAUGAAAAGACCAAAAACCAGCAGUGUGUUCAGUCAUCUUCCCCGGCCUGUCUGUGACACUCUGCAGCAGAUUACAGAACACUGUAUCUGUGGGUUUGAGGUCAAAUAAAACUACAGUGUGUGUAUUAAUGAGAGAACAUGUCACUCAGUGUGACAGUGGGUUUCACUGAUGUGUUUUCAGUAGUUUUUGAACAACAGUGGAGCUCUGUGGCUCAGAGGAAUAAGCUAUAUCACGCUCUGGCUACACAGGCAGUACAUUCAUGGGAUUUAAUGACCAGAAUCAAUAUAUACACAUUUCUUUUUAUGUUUAUUCAUUUAGCAGAUGCUUUUGUCCAAAGCGAUGCACCAAUGAGGUACAGAGCAGUAGAAUGAUAAAGUUAAAAGACCGUUUUUUUAUGUUGCGGUUUUGUUUUUAGCUUGACCCAUAGUGACCAGUGAUCCUGUCAGAGACAUGAAAAUGCAGUGGAUGUCAGGUUCUUCACACUGAUAAAUAUUCUGCUCUCUCUGCUCUCGGCAGAAAUUAGCCUUUAUGUCAGAGACUCGUAAUCACAAUUCUGUGUUGAGAAACUGAUGCUAACAGAAAAUGACUCGAGCUCCCACAGAUCUUAUUUAAAUUCACUCUGCUCUGGCAUUUCAUAUCCUAAUGGGUUUCACAGCUGAUUUUCACACCUUUAGUAAUAACUUUUUUUUUCUUUUUAAAGGAAAUUGGGCAGUCUAAUCUCACUUUUUAAUGAAACCAUAAGACUAGUAAAACUGAUUCUGCAGACUUUGCACUGCAAAAACCUGUCAUUUCUCUUAAUGUAAUGAUUAAUGAAUCAAAGCCAUAACAACAUGGCAGCUCUGCUGUUUAAACAGAUGUAGGCCACAGAAUAUCAGUGUUGCUCAUCGUUUCUUGCCUGCAGAGGUUCCUGCUUCUCUCACUAACCCUGUGUCAGGGACCAAGUACAUGGAUCAAUAAUGUUUUAAUGCUGAAAAAAACAAAACAAAAAAAAAAAAAACAUCUCUCUCUCCAUCAUGACAGAGCCUGUUGGCCCAUAGGUCAGUAACUCAUCUGCAUGUUUUGGAGACAUGCAAAGUAUUAAUUUUGAAUUGGUAAUUAUUCAUUAUUUGUACAAACUGUGAGAGCUGACACAGCUUUAGUAGUUUCUCGUUUAUGUCUUUUCAUGGUGCAUCGUUUGCAAAAGUUUCUUAUUUGCCGUAUAUCAAACCCACGUUCACUAUUCAGAUGACUGAUUGAGCACUUUGUAAGUCAAGUUGUGGCUUAUUGCAAUGUUCACUUAAUUCAAACUAUUUUUCUGCCAACCAAGGUUUUUUAAAUAAA